AUGAAAGAAGAAGAAAUUCUCAAUUUAUAUUCAACAGAUUCUCCAUUAUACUACAUUGCCUGGGAUAAAGUUGAUGAUCUUAAAAGUAAAUUCCCAAACCUUGAUAUUGAACGGGGAAAUGAUUAUACAAUCACUCCACUUGAAUGUGCAAUUUUAUAUGGGUCAGAAUUAUGUUUUAAUUUUUUGAAAAAUUUAGGAGCUCAAUACUCUGAUAGAUCAGACAAAUAUGCUGUUCAAGGUGGAAAUAAAAACAUAUUUAUGCAAAUGAUAGAAGAUGGUAGAGUAUUUAGUAGAAUGAUUAAUACAGCAUUGAAUUAUCGACACUAUGAAAUUGCUGAGUAUCUUAAAUCAAAUUUUGGACAAACUCCUGAUUCAAUUGCAGAAUGCAUGUAUUUUGGAAAUUUUGAUGUGGUAUCUUAUUUACUUUCUAAAGGAGAAAACAUCAACAAAACAUACAUUACUUUUCUUUCCAUAACUAUCAUUGUUUUAUAA